AUAUUCGUUCUUGUUGUUAUUUUUGGUCAUAUUCGAUACGAUUGGUGUCUCGACGUCUUCGUCGUUUUCGGACAUUAACAACAAUAUGCCCACCUCAACUGCAGCAAUGAUGGGUGAGCAGCAGGAAGAGAACAAUAUGAUGUUGUCCUCCAUUGGCGAUGAAUUUUCGCCCAAAGAAGCAACAGCUGGUACAACAAAUCUAAAAGGAAAAUUAGUUUUUGCCCAUGUGAUCUAUCGUCAUGGUGACCGUACUCCCAUUGAACCAUAUCCCACGGAUCCCUGGCGUAAACCGGAAUUCUGGCCCACUGGCUGGGGUCAAUUGACCAAUAUUGGUAAACAACAACACUAUCAUUUGGGCCAGUGGUUGCGUAAACGCUAUUCCAGUCUGCUGAGUAAAACCUAUAAUAAAGAUGAGAUCUAUAUACGAUCAACCGAUGUAGAUCGUACAUUGAUGAGUGCAUUAUCAAAUUUGGCUGGACUGUAUGAACCGGUGGCCAAGGAUGUAUGGAAUCCCGAAAUACAUUGGCAGCCCAUUCCGGUGCAUACAACACCAGAGAAAAUGGAUCCGGUUCUUGCUGCCAAAGCUGGUUGUCCAGCCUACGAAUAUGCCUAUUCGGCAUUGAUGGACUCAGCGGAAUUUCAAAAAAUCAAAGAUCAAUAUACCUAUCUAUUUAAUUAUUUAACAAAAUAUUCGGGACGUACGGUUGAUACAUUGGAAGAUAUACAACGAAUUAAUAACACGUUUUUUAUUGAAGAACUUUACAAUAAAACAUUGCCAGAAUGGACCAAGAAAAUAUAUCCAAGUGCCGAUAUGACUGCAGUGGCUGCUUUCACUUUUUCCAUUGCCACCUACACACGUCAAAUGGCCCGCCUGAAAUCUGGUCCCAUAAUUAAAGAAAUGUUACAACGUUUUGUUGAUAAAUCAAAGGGCAAACUAAAUCCAGAUCGUUCGGUGUGGAUCUAUUCGGCUCAUGAUACCACAGUUUCGAAUGUUUUAAAUACUUUGAAAUUGUUUGAUAUCCACAGUCCACCCUAUACUGCUUGUAUUUUAUUGGAAAUGCGUCUCAACGAUAAAAAUGAACCAUUUAUUUCGAUUUUCUAUAAAAAUACCACAGCUGAACCGGAACCAAUGUACAUACCAGAUUGUGGCAUCGAAUGCCCCCUGAAUAAAUUGUUCAAUGUUUAUAGUGAUAUUUUACCACAGGAUUGGGAAAGUGAAUGUAAACUUUCAACACUUAUGAUGACCUAUGAAGAGGCGAAUAUUGGUACGGCAAUGGGUAUUUUGGUGGCCAUCAUUACAAUAAUGCUCUUCCUUUCAUAUGUGGUUAUGGUUUACUACAGGCGACGCAGCUACAAAAACUAUUUCUCCUAUACACAGGUGGCUUAA